CAACAGCCUCGCCCGCCCCGAGGACCCCAUAUAGCGACCUCAGCGCGCCGCUCUGUGAGGCGCUUGAGGCACGACUAGUACUCUAUAUCGCGUCCGCCAUUCUGCAACCAUGGCCUCGCUCUCUCGCCGGUCGGAGUCUGCAGCGCUUCAGACAACUGGCAACAGUGCGAUCUCAAUUGGAGCUUCCCGGAGCACGAAUACCCUUGCACCGAGCGAUCCCCUGCAACCGCUGCGAGCCAUGGCCGACCGGGUAGGCAAAGAGGUGGAGAAGUUCGCCGAGAGGGUCGACCACUGGCACACCCAUGGAAAUGAAGAUUUGAAGGCGAAAUACCAGACAACGGUAAAGAUGGUGGGCAAAUUUCGGGACCUGGCAGAGUCAACCGUCAAGGAAUUGAAGAAACACACCGGCGCCGAGAACAAAGGCGAACUGGACAAGAGCGUGCGGCGGCGAAUUCAAGACAUGGCUGAUGAGCCUUCUUCGAGCGGUGAGAACUCGCUUGACCAGUCUCUCCAGUCUGUCGUUCCAUCAGUCGAACCCAGCGCUGCUCCAGAUUCAUCGUCCGUCCGAGAGCUACGACAAUGGCAGGCGGAACUUGCGACAUGGGAGCUCCUCCGGAUAAUCAUCGAACAUUACCAUCCCCAACCUGGUACUGACGUGGUUGCGGAGAAGCGGUCGCGCUUACAGAAGGUGGGAGGAGCAAUGCGCUACUGCCCCAAGAGCGAAAUAUGGGACCGCUUUAUACUGGAAGACGAUCAAGCGAGAGAAAAGAAAGUCAUUCUCAAGUGGCUCCAACAGACAGCGAAGAAUAGCGAGAACGACAUCGAAUCCAUUACCGAACAGCUGGAGGAGCUUUCGGGCAAGGACACGCAGACUUGGACAAGUGGGUGGCUGGACACCAAGUCAAAGAUAAAGCAAUUCAAACGCGUACAGGGCUUGGAUCAUCCUUUGGAUUCGGACUUCACUCUUCAGAGUAGCGACAGGACUCUGUCUCUCGUCACUCAACUAGAUCCGGAUGCGCCAACGAGACAGAAGCGAAACCUGGAGAAGUCGGACGAAUACUACGAGCGCGCCCUGUGGAUGGUCUGCUACGAAAUGCUACGUCGGGGUGAGCCUUGGGACAAGGUGGCCGAUUGGUGCAAAGAGAGGAACGAGGCAUGGCGCGGCGUCAGCGUAGGUGCCGCGUACGACUCCCACCCUGACGGCGGUCCUAAUGUCGCUGGAAACGACAUCGGCUACUUGUUUCGCCGGAUGUGCUUCCACGCCGCUAGAGGCGCCCGGAUUCCUUACGAAGCUGCUGUGUACGGCCUUCUGAGCGGAGACCUGAAGCAAGUCCAGACAGUAUGUCGAUCUUGGGACGAUCACCUUCAUGCACACUACAACGCCCUUCUCCUCUCCAGAUUCGACAACUAUCUGCAAAAAGGUCCCAGUGCCCGGGUAUCCCAGAUCCUAGCCCGAAAGUUCGUCUUCCAGGAUGAAACCGCAAAAAUUGGCAACUGGGAAACUGCAAACAGCCAUGUGAUAGAGCUACUGAAGCAGAACAAGGCCACAGCUGCGCAGGCAGUGUCUCCCAUGAAACUCAUUCAAGGCGCUCUCAUCAGCAGGACCGAGGAUGAGCUCAUAUACAAGGUCGGCAUAGCGAUCGCUGAUAUGCUGCAGGGGGAUGAUCGGCUUCUCAACCUGAUCAUAGACCCAGACUCGGAAGAAACACCUCCUAGCUCCAAGAUGUCCGGGGAGCACCGCCGCGUCAACGCAGAGAGAUAUCACCAGACCCUCGCAAACGAUCCGCAGGCUCUUCGCAUUCUCGUUCACGUUUUCAUCACUCUACAGAAUGGACUGGGUCUGGCAAUGUCGGACACGUGGCAAAAGAAAGAAGCGACGUUCAACGUCAUCGCCGCAUACAUCGAGUUUCUCAGGAUCACCAACCGCACUCAGCUGAUACCUUUAUACGCAUCGCAGCUCGAUAGCGGCCGAGCGGUGCAUUGUCUCUCACGCGUUAUGCCCGACAUCAAGAACAUCGAAGAACGGAAGCGCUGUGUGACUCUCAUGGAGCAGUAUCGUGUCAACACAAGCCACGCAAUGGAUCGCAAUAUCGACCUCGCUCUCCGAGGGAGCGGGCUUGUUUCUGGACCAGACGGCACCGUAGCGAAUCCCAUCUCAAGGUUCACAAUGCUCGAAGGGACGACGGACCAGCAAGAGCCCUAUCUGUGGCCCGGGCAACGCAUCAAGCUCGAUUUCUCUGGCUUGGACAUCUCCGCUGGGGAUGAAGCGGUCAUUGAGAGCGUGCAGUGGUUUAAUCAUCUCAACGCGGAGGAUGACAAAACGUUUGGCUAUCUCUACCAUGUGCUCAAAGUCUUCUUGCUCAAUGGCCGUCUGGGUGCCGCCGAGAAGCUCAUCACCGAAAUGAGCGUCGAAAACGUAUCGCUAGUAAAGACAGCCAUGUAUUGCGGCUACGCCUUCGACUUUACCCAAGCUGGUGCCGAGGAACAAGACGAAACUCAAGUCACCGCCUCGAUGCACAAAUCGCUCUCCGCCUCCGGCCGGGGUUCUGUCCGCCCCUCCCAGAUCGUUUCCGCUCAAGAGCACACCCAGCUUGUGCAAUGGUUGCGGGGCACAAGCGCCGCCUACUUCGACCUGCAGCAGCUCGUCCGCCUCAUUACGCUCUUCCGCCACUGGCGCUCAGAAGAAGAACUCCUUAUCGCCGACCGCGCAAAUGCCUCCACCGAAGGCAUAAAAGAUCUCUUCCGCAGCAUCGAAGCCACCUUCCCCACCCUCCUCGAACCUUCGUUCAUCCCUACGCGCGACGAGGAGAUGUACCUGCUAUAUAAAGCGUACCUUCCGGACCUCGUUAUUUCCUACCUCUCCGUCAUGCAGACAGGUUCGUACUUCAUCCACCGCGAAAGCGCGAUCAAGGCAAUGGAUGUGGCGGCGGUUGUCGCGGAUGAGGACAAGGAGUGGAUCCGGAAGAUGUUUCUGGACACGGGCAAGAUGAGCUUGCUGGUGGAUACGCUUGCGCAGGUAGGCAAGGCAAUGUUGAAACUGGCCGAGCAUCCGGCUAGCAAGCGGGCGGCGGGGAAGAAGAGGGGGAGUAAGGGCGAGACGUUGAAGAUUUGGGACGUUAAUGUUAGGAAUUGAGGGAUGGUUGGGCAAGGAUUGGGACUUUUUUGGAUUAGAGCAUGCAGAGCAAAAAGUACUUGGGCGAGGGGCCUUGGAUUCCACUGCACUGCACUAGGGACGCGUGGAGAGCAUUGCAAUAUAACACAUGACCAUUUUUCAAACAGA